CAAAGAAGCCAAGACUAAUUAAGAAUAAACCAAAUCUGAAGCCAGGCCCCUGGUUUCUUUCUCUAUCGGAUAAAAUUUACACCAAAGGAGACGACUUUCCUCUGAUCUCGACAAGGGUUUCGUUGAAUUUAUCGGAUUUCUCAGCAGAUUCGGGGAAAUUCCGAUUUUUAAUUUCGCUUUUGUGUUUAAUCGACAAGAGAGGUCUUGAAGAGAGAGAGAGAUGCAGAGAAAUCCGUGGGAGCUUGUCUGAAACUCUUUUUAAGUUCCGUUGACGAAGAGCUCGGUAGCGGAAGCCAAAUUUGUAUGAAUCCAAUGUCUGAAGAAAACGUAGACUAUGGGAGUAAUCAGAAGAUACACCACCAAGGAAGCGGAACUAUACCUGCCCUGGUGGAUGAAGAACUGAUGGGAGAAGAUGAUGAGUAUGAUGAUCUGUAUAGUGAUGUUAAUGUCGGUGAGAAUUUCUUCCAAGCACAUCAGCCUCAAACAGCGGCACAAGGGAGUGGUACGGGUAAUGGAGGUCUCCAGGCUCAGAGAGGCAAUAUUGCAGAGCCAAGAAUGUCGGCUGGGCCCCCAUCUAGAUCCAAUGUUCCUGGAGGUUCAGUUGAGGGGAAGUAUCAAAAUGAUGGGGGGCCUAUGGCUGUCAAUGGACGAGAAAUAAGAUCGGAAUUCUAUCCACAAGCAUCUUCUGUUGGAUCAAAGGCUUUGAAUGAUGGUGCCCAAACCAACAAACCGGUUCCACAGGGAUCAAUGUCGGUUGUGUUAAACGCCCCUGAUUUAUCGAGGAAAACAGUCAAUGAGCCUGAACCUGCUCAGAACUCGUAUGGAGCCACUCCUCAAGCUUCUCAUCAGAUUCCUGUUAACCAGAUGAGUGGGAAUCCAAAUGCUAAUCAUGCACUGGUGAACAAAGGUCUGAUACAGCCUCCUCCUGUGGAGAAUGGUAAUACCAUGCUUUUUGUGGGGGAGCUGCACUGGUGGACCACAGAUGCGGAACUCGAGAGCAUUCUUUCUCAGUAUGGGAGAGUGAAAGAGAUCAAGUUCUUCGACGAGAGAGCAAGUGGAAAAUCUAAAGGUUAUUGUCAGGUUGAGUUUUAUGAAGCAGCUGCUGCAGCUGCUUGCAAAGAGGGAAUGAAUGGUUACAUUUUCAAUGGUAGAGCUUGUGUUGUGGCCUUUGCUUCUCCCGAAACGCUGAAGCAGAUGGGAGCUAAUUUUACGGGCAGGAACCAGGGGCAAAAUCAGCUUCAGAACAGAAGGCCUCUGAAUGAGGGAAUGGGAAGAGGCAACAACAUGAAUAUGCAAAGUGGAGGGGAUGGUGGUGGAAGGAAUUAUGGGAGGGGUGGAUUUGGACGUGGUGGCCAGGGAAUGAACAACCGUGGAGGUCAUUGGGGUGGUGGCGCAAUGCGGGGUAGAGGCAUGAACAACAACAUGGGUGGCGGCAAUGCAGCCGGGAUAGGAAAUGGUCCCUACGGGCCAGGCCUGGCUGGUCAUGCAUUUGGUGGUCCUGCUGCUGGUAUGAUGCAUCCACAGGGUAUGAUGGGAGCUGGGUUCGAUCCUACAUUCAUGGGUCGAGGAGGUGGUUUCGGAGGGUUUUCAGGUCUAGCUUUCCCGGGCAUGCCUCCGCCUUUUCCGGGUGUCAAUCCCGUGGGAAUGGUCGGGGUGGCACCUCAUGUGAACCCCGCUUUCUUUGGCAGGGGAAUGGGCGCCACUGGGAUGGGAAUGAUGGGUUCCAUGGGAAUGGAUGCAUCUCAUGCCGGGAUGUGGAAUGAUGCCAGUGGAUACGUAGGUGAGGACGGUGGUUCAGAGUAUGGUUAUGAAGACGAAAACCAGGAGAAAGAUGUGAAACCGAAUGCUGCAGCAUCAUCCAGGGAUAAAGAACGGGCUCCUGAGCGUGACUGGACAGAGAACAGCGACAGAAGGCAUCGCGAAGAAAGGGAGCACAAGGGCCACAGAUACCAUGAAGAGAGAGAUGGUCACCGUGAAAAUCGGCAGAGAGACCGGGACUCUGGCUAUGAGGAUGACUGGGACAGAGGUCAGUCUUCCUCGAAAUCUCGAAGCAGGUCGAGAAUGGGGGAAGACGAUCAUAGGUCCAGGUCAAGAGACGCGGACUACGGAAAGAGGAGACGAUCAGAUUGAAGAGGAAGAGAACUCUCCACGGUAAUCUUUCUACUCAUUUAUACUUUGCAUUGUGAUGGCAUCUUUUAUCCAGUAAUCUCUCUGGGAAUAGUAAGACUGUACUGCCUCUGUCUAAACACAAGUAUUUGCUUGAUCUACUGUAAUCUACUUGUCAUGUAUGUGGUGCUGUGCUUUUAUACACUCCAUCUGUUACGGAACAAUCAGCGGAUUGGCCAGCCAAAGUUCCUGUUUGAGAACUGCAUCUGUUCUUCUUGCAGAACACACUUGUGGAUAAGACAGAGAGUUGCUUGUGAUUUCUGGUAUUGGUAAUGGAUGAACCCUGUGUUCCUCUCCUCUGUGAUGAUGUUGUAGAUUUUUUUUUUUCCCGUUUCAAAGUUUAGCAUUCCCAUUCA